ACAACGUCCUCACCAUGGCAGGCUCUUCAAAAGUUGCCGGUCCUUCAAAAAGCAUCCAAUCGAAGGCGAAUUCGAGAUUACGCAUCAGUAAACCAGAAUGGGCCAGUUUGGCGAGCAUCUUGGACAAGAUCAAUGGUUUGAAGGCAGAAGCUGAGAGAAGAUUGACAAAGAGCUGUCCUGUCCUUCUGAAUUCAACAUAUAUGCAAAAGGUAUUGGAGGAGUGUGACCCUGCAAAUUUUGAUGUGAUCACACAAGAAGAUCUUCACAAUAUGCAUCAGAUCGAGCCAAAGAAUGUUGGCAAAGGAAAGAAACGCAAGAGAGAAGAUGAUCAUGAUGAAACAUGCCCUGGCUGUCAUGAAAUGAUCAGUACUUUGUUCCUCUCUUGGAUCACGCAAGCACGCGAAAAGAUCGUUCGCGAUCACGAUUCAGAAAAGGCAAAAAAGAAGCGUAAAGUUAAACAUUACGUGAGGAUCUUGCAACCUGAAACUCCUCCUAGUACACCACCCAAAAAGAAAGCCAAGAAAUACAAGGAAGAUCUUACCGGGAUCGAAUGCGAAAUCUGUUGCAGUGAAAACAUCAAAUUGGAAAGUUUGACAUUUUGCACGGAAGGUCAUCUGUUCUGCGUGGAUUGCGCUCGAAUAAUGGCCGAGAAUGUGAUUGGCUUACAGAAGACGAAUCUUUGUUGUAUGUCAAUGGAUGGAUGCGAUGCAGUGUUUCACGAAUCACAGGUGAAACGAUUCUUGCCAGAGAAGACAUACAAUUUGUGGAUGCGCAUGAAGACCACAGAGGAGAUUCAAGCUGCAAACAUUCCUGGUAUGCAAAUGUGUCCUUUUUGCGAUUAUGCAUACGUCGCUGAGGACCCUCUUCCUCUGUUCACAUGUGCUGGAAAGGAUUGUGGGAUUGUAUCUUGCUCUACGUGCAAGAGAAAAGAUCACCGUCCUCAAACAUGCGCGGAUCUUGAUCGUGAAAGUCGAAUGACUGAUCAACAGAAAGCCGAGGAGAAGAUGGCAGAAGCGAUUAUUCGACGCUGCCCUAGACCGGGAUGCAAUGCACCAAUUAUCAAGGAUGAAACCACCCAGAGCUGCAAUAUGAUGUAUUGCCCAAAGUGUAGCUGUCCCAUGUGUUACAUUUGUCGAGUGGAUGUCACCAAGGAACGGUAUGAACAUUUCGAACGCAAAAUGCCACAAGGCGACAAGACUGACAAGGCGGCAACAAAGCCGUGUCCUUUGUAUGAUAACACGUUGAAGCGACACGAGACUGAAUUGAAGAAUAUUCGGAAAUCGUUGGGAUUGAACGCACGAUCAAAGCCCAAAGCCAAGAAGGAAGGUAAAGCUACGCCAAAGUUGGCGAAGAGGGGAGUAAGAGUUGGUGCAUAAAUGCACAAUCAAUAGUUUGACGACAACCCUGUAUUUGUAUAUUACGUCUAUAGAUCACCUACUAUUUUCAUCGCCAUCAUCGAAUCGAAAGCCGUAGAUAACAAUAUCAUCAUGUCAC